AUGGAGUCUGUUGAGGCUGUGCGCCACGGACCGCAACAGAACCGGGAAGCAAUCCCUGACCCAAGCAGCGGCGCAAGCUUUGCUGAGGGCCGCUUUCGCUGGAUAGCGGAGAUCGAAGACAUGUUGAUGCAAAUAGGUUUCAUUGAUUGCAGAGCUAUCUGCUACAACGGGGUCCUUUCGAAUGUUCGCAGACUCCUCUGGUCUGUCGCCAUAGGCGCCCGGCGCAGUCAGGUUGGAGGCACCUUGAUCCUUCCUGCCAUGGGCUGCGGUGCCAGCGUUGAUCGAGAAAGCCAUCAUGUCAAGGAGACAACUGCCCGCGUGUCCGCGACGCAGAAGGACCGUGCCGAGAUCUGGCCCUUUAGCGGACUGCACCACCCAAUCUUUCUCAGCCCUUUCCAGGCCCAGAUCCUGGAAGAUCUCCAGAAAGGGAGUUACUCGACCUGGCAGACAGCCCCGGUGGCGCUGCGCAAGGACCGAAACCUCGGCCUGGCGGCGGUGCGGGGUGCGAAUCCCCUCUAUUGCCUGUGUAACGCUGCUGCCCCGGAGCUCCUGGCAGACAAGAACUUCUUCCGGGAGGCCGUGAAGGAGACCAAAGCCUGGUGGCUUGUGAAGGUGGCUUGUGAAGAGCUGCAAGAGGACAAGGCCUUUGUGGAGGAGCUGAAGGCCUUGUCUGGGAGGGGGCUGGUCUUCACUUACUACGAUAGCUACGACUGCUUCCAGCAGAUGCGCAGCCGUUUCCCGGCGACUGGGGCCUCCAUCCCAGGCGGGGAGGCCUAUGAGGAGGUCAUGAAGCAGCUGAGGGCUACAGAUCAUGGCACGGCCACCGUGUGGUUUGGCAACGAGCUGGUCUUUGGACCCUCCGCCAAUGAAGGCAGAUGGCUCCACCCGCCUGAAAAUUGUGGUCGGGAUGACGUGCCCGUUCCAGCCGCAGCCAAGCAAGAUCCGAAGUGGAAGUCCGUCGUGGAAUCGCGGUCCUCCCGGGAAGUUGGUGCUGCCAUUGGCUGCGUGAGGUCCGCCGACAGCACCAGGACUUUCGGAAUCAAGAGGCUUUCUCGCAUGGGUGUUUACUGGGAUGGGCAUCCUAAGGGUCUCUGCCAGGGCUGCCAGGGCUGGGAAGCGGGGAGCUUGCACACAUGCGUGGCUCAGAAUUGGGUCAAGAAGUUCAGUGCCGGCUCCUCCGAGCUCUCCGACGCGGAUGCGGAUUGCCUCCAGCUGCCGCGGGAGACUUUCCGGAAUGGCAAGCCAGAAGGCUGGGGCGAAGGUCAGAUGAGCAUUAUUGCUAGAACAGCCCGUUUUGAGCGCAAGGCACCCGUGCACCCGCACACGGGCUUGCCGCUGGGAGUAGGAUGCCGCUGGGAGCGCUUGGUGCUUGACCAGCUACAGUUCCCCGUUUAUGCUUUCUUCAUGCCAUGA